AACAAGUAGGGUUUAUAGUGGCCGUUCACCGGUUCAGCCUCACUCUCUGUGAACCAACAUUCGAGCGCUGAGCCAUUGUUGCGUCGGCUGAAAAAAAUGCUGGACAUCAAUAUCUUUAGAGAAGACAAGGGCAACAAUCCCGAACGGAUCCGUGAAUCUCAGCGUCGGCGAUUCUCCAGCGUUGAGAUCGUCGACGAGAUCAUUCACCUUGACAAGGAAUGGCGACAACGUCAAUUUGAAUUCGAUAGUCUGCGGAAAGACUUCAACAAGAUCAAUAAAGCAGUUGCACGUCUUAAAAUUGCCGGUGAAGAUGCGACUGAGAUGAUAAAGAGCACGGAUGAGAACAAGCAGUUGACGGCAAAGAAAGAAGCUGAAGUUCAGGAUGCCCGAACGGCUUUAUAUUCAAGGUUGGAGACGGUAGGGAACCUUGUACAUGACUCGGUUCCUGUUAGUAAUGAUGAGGCCAAUAAUCAAGUAAUUCGAACUUGGGGUGAGAAACGGGUGGAGCCGAAACUAAAAAAUCAUGUUGAACUUGUUGAGCUUCUUGGAAUUGCAGAUCUGAAGAAAGGUGCUGAUGUUGCUGGGGGGAGAGGUUUCUAUUUGAAAGGAGAUGGUGUACUUCUUAAUCAGGCGUUGAUAAACUUUGGACUUGAAUUCUUGAGAAAGCGGACUUACACUCCCCUGCAGACUCCAUUUUUUAUGAAAAAAGAUGUUAUGGCAAAAUGUGCUCAGCUAGCCCAGUUUGAUGAAGAACUGUACAAGGUGACUGGUGAGGGAGAUGAUAAGUACCUGAUUGCUACAGCUGAACAGCCACUCUGUGCUUAUCAUCUGGAUGAUUGGAUUCAUCCUUCCCAACUACCCAUAAGAUAUGCUGGAUAUUCGACUUGUUUCCGCAAAGAAGCUGGUUCACAUGGUCGAGAUACCCUUGGUAUUUUCCGAGUCCAUCAAUUUGAAAAGGUGGAGCAGUUUUGCAUGACCAGCCCAAAUGGCAAUGAGUCAUGGGACAUGCAUGAAGAAAUGAUCAAGAACUCAGAGGACUUCUACAAGGAGUUAAAUAUUCCCUAUCAACUUGUGUCUAUUGUUUCUGGAGCCUUAAAUGAUGCUGCUGCAAAAAAAUAUGAUUUGGAAGGAUGGUAUCCUGCAUCCCAGACAUACAGAGAGCUGGUGUCCUGUUCAAACUGUACAGACUACCAGUCCAGGAAAUUAGAGAUUCGAUUUGGGCAAAAGAAGAGUACCGAACAGGUAAAGCAAUAUGUUCACCUGUUGAACUCAACACUCACAGCAACCGAGAGGACCAUUUGUUGCAUUCUUGAGAAUUAUCAGAAGGAAGAUGGUGUUAAUAUUCCAGAAGCCUUGCAGCCCUUCAUGGGUGGCAGGAAGGAAAUUCUUUUCCAAACUAGUCCCACUCCAGAACCUAAAGGGAAGAAAUCGAAAGCCUAACACCCCAUCUCUCUCUCUCUCACACACUCCAAUGUCUGUGGGGAGGGGGGAGAUUAAAAAACAAGAUAACAUUUUAGGUUAAACUCAAGGUGCUAAUUUUUGCUCGCCUCCUUUUUCCCCUGGGGACGAUGAUGUUAAAUUUGCAAAUAGACAGUUGAUGCUGAAACUCCGAAAUGGAAACAGAAUGCCAAUCUAAAUUAUUUGUGUGUUAAUUGGUGGAUGAUUUAGAAAGGUUGUCUUGUAUCCCCACACUGAAGUUUGAAAGGGCUAUUAAUUGAUCUUACCAUCUGGUCACAUUGGCA